AAAAUGCCCUUAAAAAAAAAAUCUGUUAUUCAACUUGAAGAAAUAGCCCUUUCUCGCUCGAUCUAAAAAUUCCUACACUCGGCUAGUUCUUCGCUUUGUCUCUGCCACUGCAGAGUAUAUUCAGCAUUCGCUCAUCUCUUCCCAUCUAUCCUCUUUCUUUCAUCUUCAAGAUCGAGGUUCCCGCGGAAUCUUAUUAACCCCAGGUGCUUAGUUUGUUGAUAAUAGUUGUUGCCUGAUUCACGAACAUCAACUUCAAAUUCCAUCACCAGUACCCAUCUCUGGUCAUCUUUGGCAAAAUGGUGGUUCUUGCUGCAUCUAUCAUAAGUAAGUCUGGAAAGGCACUUGUUUCAAGGCAGUUUGUAGAUAUGUCCCGCAUAAGAAUUGAAGGACUUCUUGCAGCAUUUCCCAAAUUGGUGGGCACUGAUGGAAAGCAGCAUACAUUUGUUGAGACGGAAAAUGUUCGCUAUGUCUAUCAGUCAAUUGAAGCUCUUUAUUUGCUUAUUGUAACCAACAAGCAAAGCAACAUUGUUGAAGAUCUUGGAACUUUAACUCUGCUAGCCAAACUUAUACCUGAAUAUUCACCCUCAUUAGAUGAGGAUGGUAUUGUCAAGUCUGCUUUUGAGCUGAUUUUUGCUUUUGACGAAACUAUUUCUCUUGGUCACAAGGAAAAUGUAACAGUCGCUCAGGUCAAACAAUAUUGUGAGAUGGAGAGUAAUGAAGAGAAAUUGCACAAGCAGGUCAUGCAAAGCAAGAUCAAUGAAACUAAGGAUGUCAUGAAACGAAAAGCCAGCGAGAUUGACAAAAGCAAGCUUGAUAAGAACAGAGGUGAUAAAGGAGGCAUUAUGUCUAUGUCUACCACUAGAACCUUUAGUGAUUUAAACAUAUCUAGUAGUGGAAUUGGCUUUGGUAGUGGCUCUGGAUUUGGAAUAAGCUCAACUGAAGUGGAAAACAUUCCAAGCAAGUCAAAAG